AUGGGCGUCCCCAGGUACCUGAAGUUCGAGAACGCGGACUGGCAGCUCGACGGCAGCGCGGAGCCCGGCCUCUACCCNNGGUGGCAGCUGCCCCUGGUCCCCGCCUUCGCGAUCACCGCGCACAGCAGUCAAGGCAAGACGCUGAAAGCCGUGCUGCUGGACCUGAACGUGAGCAAGAGGAUGCACACGGCCUUCGGCACGGUGGUCGCCAGCCGCGUCCGCAGCAGAGAGGACGUCCUGAUUCUGCGGCCCUUCCCGCUGUGGCUCUUCCAGCGCGGCGUCUCCGAGGGCCCCG